UGCGAGUGUUCCGACUGGGAUGACUACAAAAUCACUUGCAGGGACAUCCACUUCAUUCCCAGCCUGCCGGAGGACACCCAGACCCUGAGGUUUAUGGAGACUCGCCUAAGAACAAUUCCAGGUGAUGCUUUUUCCAAUCUCCCCAACAUCUCUAGGAUCUACAUCUCUAUAGAUGAAACACUUCAGAGUCUGGAGGCCCAUUCCUUCAACAGUUUAAGUAAAGUAACUCAUAUUGAAAUUCGAAAUCUUAGAAACUUGGAUUACAUAGAUCCAGAUGCCUUUAAGAACCUCCCACUUUUGAAAUACCUUGGAAUUUUUAAUACUGGACUCAAAGCAUUUCCAGACCUCACCAAAAUCUAUUCAUCCGAUGUGAACUUCCUACUGUAA